AAGAUCCUGGGAGCGUCGAUUCUCCUUUUCCAGUACCUCCAUGAUUCCAUCUAAUUCCGGGUUUAAAAUUUUGAAGUGCGUAAAGAUGUUCAAAAUCUCAACUUUAACACUGCUACACGAGUCAUCCUCGGCGGCCUGCAUUGUCUUCGAGUGAGUGAGUUCUUUGGGGUCCCGCACUCACAAUUCCCCCCACUUCUCUCAGCCCAUCCUCCCCUCAGCCAGUUCUCUCUCUUUCGCUUUUCGUGUGAGAGAAUCUCUCUCUCGCUCUCGCUCUUUGGGAUUCUAGUUUCUUCCCUUUUCUCUCCGAAGAAUAUAUUCUUUACUGUCAAAUUCAUUGGCUUUCGUUAAAGCUCUCUCUCUCCAAAACGCAUGAAAGCAAUUGCGACCCAAGAAGAAUCUAAAAGUGUCUGUUCUUUAUUCUUCUUCUUUGUUUUUCCCUUGCUCUGUCCCCUGUUCUGAAGAAGAUAAAAUCUUGGGGGUCGAAGAACAACCCAGAUAUGGAAACUGCAGUUCUGGAUGAUGUAAUUAAUAGGCUGCUUGAAGUUAGAGGGAGCCCGGGGAAGCAGGUCCUGCUUUCUGAGGCUGAGAUCAAGCAGCUUUGCGUUGUCUCUAAGGACAUAUUUUUGAGGCAGCCUAAUCUUUUGGAGCUUGAAGCUCCCAUCAAGAUCUGCGGGGAUAUUCAUGGUCAAUAUUCUGAUCUUCUGAGGCUUUUUGAGUAUGGUGGAUUUCCUCCGCGCUCUGAUUACUUAUUCUUGGGGGAUUAUGUAGAUCGUGGAAAGCAAAGCCUGGAAACAAUAUGCCUUCUCCUUGCAUAUAAAAUAAAAUAUCCAGACAACAUUUUCCUUUUGAGGGGAAACCACGAAUGUGCUUCUAUAAACCGCAUCUAUGGUUUUUACGAUGAGUGUAUACGAAGAUUUAACGUUGGAAUCUGGAAAAUAUUCACAGAUUGUUUCAAUUGCCUACCUGUGGCAGCUCUAAUUGAUGAAAAGAUACUCUGCAUGCAUGGAGGACUUUCUCCUGACUUGCACAAUUUGGAUCAGAUAAGGAAUUUACAGAGGCCUUGUGAAGUUCCAGACACUGGUUUACUAUGUGAUAUUCUCUGGUCUGAUCCUAGUAAAGAUAUUCAGGGGUGGCAGACGAAUGAUAGGGGAGUUUCCUAUACCUUUGGUGCUGAUAUAGUGACAGAAUUUCUUCAGAAGCAUGGUAUCGACUUAAUUUGCCGAGCUCACCAGGUCAUGGAAGAUGGAUAUGAGUUCUUUGCUAGUAGACAACUUGUAACCAUAUUUUCUGCACCUAAUUAUUGUGGAGAGUUUGACAAUGCUGGUGCCAUUAUGAGUAUAGAUGAGACUCUAAUGUGCUCUUUCCAAAUAUUAAAGCCUUCAGAUAAAAGGUCAAUGUUUGGCUUUGGGAGCACAUCCUAAGCUAAGCCCGGUACUACAGCAAAAAUAAAGUCGUUUCUUGGUGCCAAGGUAUGAGAAAUUUGCUAAGGAAAAAUCUGAAGGAGAGAGCUUUUCUUUUUUUCUUUUUAAAUUUAAUUUUUGUUAUGUGGAACAUCGCCCAAGUGUUUGUCCAAGAAAUCUGAAGGGUGAUGCAAAAGAUAUUCCACUGCAAAAGGUUUCAGAAGGCUGCGAUUUUCCCAUUCCUAUGUAGAAUACUAGUUGGAGUGCAGUAACGCCAGAGUUUUUUCAUUUUC